AGGUGUUCGUGUCGUCUAUAGUCGGCCAUAUUGUCCUUGUUGUUGACAGAAGUUGGAGAAAAGGGGAAAUAAUGGCCACGUUAUCCGAGAGGGAGAAAAAUAAGCUCGUUCAGGAGAAAUGCCAGAGUAUCCUCACCGAACUGCUCAAGGACGAGGACAACAAAUACUGUGUCGACUGUGAUGCUAAAAGUCCAAGAUGGGCAUCAUGGAACUUGGGAAUUUUCCUGUGCAUCCGUUGUGCUGGCAUCCACCGUAAUCUUGGGGUUCAUAUAUCCAGGGUCAAAAGUGUCAAUCUCGACACAUGGACACCACAACAGGUUGCUUGCAUCCAGCAGAUGGGCAACAGUCGGGCAAGGGCGGUUUAUGAGGCAAACCUGCCCGAUAACUUUCGGCGGCCACAGAUGGACUCUGCCUUGGAGCAAUUUGUGAGGGCAAAGUACGAAGCCAAGAAGUACAUUGCACGUGAGUGGGUUCCUCCCCCUAUGCCUAACCCCACAUGGGACUUGGAGUUGGAAAAACAACUAAGGACCAGUGGGACAGUAGAGUUACCUGCUCCUGUAAGUGGACGUAAUACAAGCAGAGGAACAAGUGCAUCUCCCAAGCCACUGCCGAAAGCUCCAGGCAGCAAGAGUUCCUCUCCAUCACCAGGGUCUGUUGCGAAAGGAACUGCAUCAUCAUCAAAAGCAUCAGCCACAGCCACUGCAUCAAGUGCCACUCAGGACUUGCUUGGGCUGGAUGCACCCUCAACUAAUGGUACAAGCACUGAUAGUUCAGAUCCAUUUGGAGAGUUUGUAGUAGCACCAGCCAGCCAGACAAGCACUUCAAAUGUAGCAAGUAAUACAGCAAACCAAGAAACUCCAGCUGCUCCUGCCAAUGACUCUGCCAAAACAGAUGAGGAGAACUUUUUUAAUCAAAAAUUACCUGAGGGAGGGUCAGAUAAAUUGACAAAGGACUCAAUCCUAGCCUUAUAUGGGCAAGCACCUGCUCAACCACAGCCAACCAAUGUAUAUGGUGUUCCCAGUAAUGUAUACAUGGGGGGGGCACCUCCUGGCCAACCCAUGCCUCAAGCUCCAAUGGGUAUACAGAAUGGAGGGGUUAUGGCCCCACAGCAACAGAACAUGAUGUUUAUGGCUCAAAGUGGUAUGGCAGGAAGUGGUGUCCCAAAUCCUUUCUUUGCCAAUGGCAUGCCGCAGGCUGUCCCCACUUCCAUUCAGCUCUCAGCGGCCAACCCAUUUGCUCAGAAAGGCCCCAUGCAUCUCUUCUCUGCUCACUCUGACUUCAGCUACAGAUCCUUCUUCCAGAUGCAGUCCCAGAUGGCUGGCCUCAACAUCGGGUCCGUAGGAGGGAUGAUGGGUGCACAGCCUCCCCUCAUGGGUCAGCCCCAAGGCAUGGUUGGUGGAAUGCCAGGAAUGAUGGGAGGAAUGGGUGUUGGAGGGGCCCCGGCAGGUGCAGGGGGCCUUCCGCAAGGCAUGGGUGGUCACACUUCUGCCAGUGGGCUUGGAGGCAACACCACCUUGGCCACCAACUUGUGGCAAUAACUAUUGUGUAAGCUAGGCCUCAGUUUUUAUACCUCAGCCAGACUCUGUGGUGCUACAUGCUGGAUUGAAAUGGCCGAGGUAACACUGCGUAUGCUCUGGGUGAGUUAAGGACUUGUAUAGUGGGUGUGUUGGGACCAGGGAUGAGGAUGGAAUAAUGGCACCGCACAGACCAGCAGCGAAAGACCUGGAGUGCCAGAUAUACAGAUGUACAGUUGUGGUCGUAGGGGUCUGGGUUCUUUUUGUUGCUAAGGGUAAACAAUGUUUAUAUACUCAUAUUGUUCCCAUUUGUUAUGAAGUGUAUCCUGGAUACAUAUUUGGUACUGAAUAUAAUCAACUAUAGGAGAGACUU